UUUACACACGUACACAGGAUCGAAUAAGUCGUGUUCGUUUUCUUUCUCUAGUUCGUUUUCUUUUCUUUUGGAUUUCUCUCAAGUCGAACCGUUCAUUUUGAUUGCGGCAAAUAAAAUUCCGUAAUCGUAGAAAUCGGACGAUCUCGAAAUAAUCUGUUGGCGGUGGGCAAGGCAAUGGAUGAGGGUUCUUCCAUGGGUUUGGGUUUGAGGACGGCUUCAAGUGCGGCCUCCUCUGCCUCAACUCCUAUAGACUCGUCAAAUAUUGGCUUUCAGCUCUUGAAGAAGCAUGGAUGGAAAGAGGGGACUGGACUUGGUGUUGAUGAGCAGGGCAGGUUGGAGCCGGUGCAGGCUUUUGUUAAGAAAAAUAAGCGCGGUUUGGGAGCAGAUAAACCCAAGAAGAUAAACAAGCACUCAAAGACCAAUGGUGCAGAUGAUCCAAAAGUUCCCAAGAGUAAAGCAAAGAAAAUCUCAAAAAAGAUGAAGAAAAUGCAAGAGUUAGAGAAACGGUUGCAAGAGAAGGAAUUCGAUCGUGCUUUCUUCAGGGAGUUUUGGCCAGAUAAUGUUUGACUCUGUUUGUUUUGAGUAAUGCAUUGAACACGUGUACAUACAGUUGUAUAAAAUAACUUGAUCAAUAAAUAGACUAUGAAAAAGUUAUACAUUUGAAACCAAGUUAUGUUAAAUACAUAAAUUCGAUUGAUUGUGUAAUAAAUUAUAACACGGGGGUGCUUUGUACAUCUCAUGGGAACCCUCCACAAAAAUAUGCAAUGCAAAUACUGAAAGCAAG